AACUAAACCCUAAAUCUCUUCUCCUCUGCACUCUGUGAGGUGAUUCAAACUUGGAAGCUUCGCGAUAAAUGGAGGAUCAUAAGCCGACGACUUUCACGUUUGAGAUAGAUAACUUCUCAGAGAAGGAAACUGUAAUUUCAUCCCCAACAUUCUCAAGUGGAGGCUGCCAAUGGUAUGCAAAUGUUUAUCCCAAAGGAAAUGGUAUUGAAGAUCACUUGGCUGUAUACCUCCAAGUUGCGAAUUAUGGAUCAUUGCAACUUGGAUGGAAAAGGCGAGCUAAAUUUUCCUUUGUUCUGUUGAAUCAAUCCGGCAAAGAAUUCUACAAAUCAACUGAAUUGUGCAAUCUAUACUGCGCUCAGGUUUCAGGAUGGGGUAUUGCAAAGGUCUUGACUCUCAAAAAGCUUAAAGAAAAAGGGUUCGUGGAGAAGAACAAACUGAUCGUUAAAGUCCAAGUACAAGUACUUGAAGUUGUUAAUGAGGCAGAAGUAACUGGGAACGAGACUAUGAAUGUCAAAGGUUUCCAAGUUCUUUAUUCUCAGGUUGUUCAAGUAAGUUGGAUUUUCGUGAAUCAUCCGGACAUUGCUUUGAAUUUCAAACCAAAGAGCCACUUGGUGAAGACAACAUACAUGAAUCUCCUCCUCAAGCUCAUCGAAAAACUGGACAAGCCUCCACAAAGCUUCUCUGAGACUGAGCUAAGAAACACCCGCACCGAGUUGGUCGAUCUAACACAGACAGGGUUCAAGCUAGACUGGCUGAAGGAAAAGCUUGAUGAGAUUUCCUUGGAAUGGAAGAAAACAUCCGAGGCUUCCCGUAUCCAAGAACUUGAGCAACACAACAAGAAUCUCAAAGCUGAACUGAACAAGGAGAAGAUCAAAUCUGCUACUUCUGCUGCUAAAGUCUUAUGGUUGGAGCAGACGGUGUCAAAUCUCAAAACUAAGCAGAACAAGAAGCCGAAAUUAAGCCCCAACUAAUUCUCCUGCAAAUUUGGGAAUUUUUUUUUUUUUUCGUUUAUCUCAGAGCUGAAGAUUAAAUCUACUAUGUGGUAAGUCCUAAAUUUUUAAUACAUUAAGAACUAUGCAAUUGGUGAUUGUUUAAUUAUGCAAAUGGGUGAUCGGCUUGCUAUUAAUCGAUCCCAUGGUAGCGAAUAUUGCUUUUUCUUUGUUAGCACCAAGAAACAAUAUCCAAAUCACGAUGACACUUGUUGCAACC